AUGAGGCAGGUGGUGAUCACCGUGCCGCUGGCGCAGGCCGAUUUAGUGGUCUCCACGCUCCAGGAGGAAUGUGGGAUCCGGUCGCUGUCGCGCAUCGCGGGCGAAGAGUCCGCGAGCAUCACGCUCUACGCGUCCCACGAUCUCGCGUCGAUGGUCAUGCACGAGCUUGACCGCGUCGGCUGCGGCGUCGCGUACGGCCGCAUCGCCCUUCUGCCGGUCAACAUGCUCAAGCCGCUCCCGAAGCGCAAGAACCUGCGCACGGGCGUCAUCAAGGACAAGGAGGCCAAGGAGGAGAAGACCCACAAGGAAGCACGCAAGGUCAAAGCCCGAAUGGCGAUUGAGGAAAUUUACAACGGCGUGGCCGAGAACGGCGGCCUCUCGUGGGACUACUGCUUCUUCGUGCUGGUCGCCUCGCUCAUCGCGGGCCUCGGCCUCGCCACGAACAACACCGUCAUGAUCGUCGCGUCCAUGCUCGUGUCCCCUCUCAUGGGCCCCAUCGUCGCCUUCACGUUCGGGACCGUGGUCGCCGACACCGACCUGCUCUUCCCGGGGAUGCUCGCGGAGCUCGUCGGCGCGUGCAUCAGCAUCGGCGUCGGGCUCUUCCUCGGCGUCAUCUUCGCGCCCUGGGCUGACCGGUACGACUGGCCGACGAACGAGAUGGAGUCCCGCGGCGAGUACGCGGGCCUCCUCGUCGGCCUCGCGUUCGCCAUCCCCUCGGGCGCCGGCGUCGCGCUCUCGGUCACCGGCGGCGGCGCCAACGCGCUCGUCGGCGUGGCCAUCGCCGCCUCCCUCCUCCCGCCCGUCGUCAACUUCGGCAUGUGCCUGUCCUUCGCGGGCUUCGGGCCCGCCGUCAUCGGCGACGAGUACGACUCCGGGCACUUCCUUCGCAUGGGCGGCAUCAGCAUGGCGCUCUUCGCCCUCAACGUGGGAUGCAUCAUCGGCGUCGCGGCGCUCAUCUUCUGGCUCAAGGACAUCCGCCCCGUGCGCAAGCAGCUCUCGUUCUACAAGGAGCUCCCCGCGCCGCGCAUCAAGGACGCCACCAGGGACAGCGACAGCCGCGGCCCCGGCAGCGUGUCGGGUCUGACGCUCACCACGCAGCGCGUGGACGCGCAGCCCACGGGCAGCACGGUCGCUGCUGCGGGCAACGGCGCGGCGCCGGUCCUCGCCGCGCCCUCGGCGUCGAAGCCGCCGCACCGCUCGAGCCUCAAGGGGUCGGGCAACAACCGCCGCCGCAGCGCCGCGAGCACGCGCCGGGACUCGAACGGCGAGAAGCCGGACGCGAACCGCCUCACGCGGCCCACGCCCGGGAAGCCGACCGCCGCGGACGCAGCCGCUGCCGCCGCGCCGGCGCCCGCGAGCGUGCUCGGCGGCUCGCAGAUCAAUGCGGAGCAGAAGUCGACGGGGUCCGCCGUCGCGGCGGCGCAGCGGCACGCGCUCGAUGCCGCGGAGCGCGCGCAGGUCGCAGCGCGCGAGGCGCAGGCGGCCGCGAACGUCCUCCAGCAGGCGCUCGCAGCGCAGCCGGGCGGCGCGCCGCCCGCGGCGGGCGCGCCCGCGGCCGCCGACGGGAACAACUCGCUGCUCUCCGGCUUCGAGAUCAACGCGGCGGAGGACGAGCUCGGCGACAUGGAGGGCGUCCAGGAGGACGCGGGCAUCGACCUGUCGGUCCAGGCCAAGUCGGCGUGGCGGCGGCUGGCGGCGUUCGUGCGCGACGCGGCCGCGGAGGCGCGCGCGCGCGCGCGCUCCGAGGCACAGCAGGGCGGCGGCAUCCACGGCGAGGCCUUCGAUUUCCACAUGGAGGAGGUGCUCGAGGAGCGCUUCCAGUGGAACGCGGGGGCGGACGCGCGGGUGUACGAGUGGCUCGGGGAGGCGUGCGCGGUGGAGGAUGCGCAGAAGGGGGAGGUGGCGGCGGGGGCUGUGCCGGCGACGGGGGAGGUGGCGCGGCGCGCGGAGGCGGCGGCGAUGACGGAUGCCGAGGCGGCGGCCAUCAACGCGGCGGCGGCGGUGGCGCCGGCGGCGGACGCGCAGAAGGAGCCUGUGGUGAGCGGGGUUGCGAAGGAGGGGGAGUCGGAGGCGGAGAAGAAGAAGGCGGACAAGAGGAAGAAAGCGGAGGAAAAGAAGAAGGAAGAGAAGAAGUGA